UAUGAAAUUUCCUUGUGUGCGUAAUUGCGUGACAGCAAAAGUUCUGUGAAAAAAAUUGUACUUUAAUUUAUCUUCCAAACUCUAUAAAUUACCAAAUGGGCUCACGCAACGAGUGUCGCAUUUAUGUUGGCAAUUUGCCACCAGAUAUUCGAACCAAGGACAUACAGGACCUUUUCCACAAGUUCGGCAAAGUCACGUUUGUCGAUCUAAAGAAUCGGCGUGGUCCGCCAUUUGCAUUUGUCGAGUUCGAAGACGCGCGUGAUGCUGAUGAUGCCGUCAAGGCUCGUGAUGGGUAUGACUAUGACGGCUAUCGGCUGCGAGUUGAGUUCCCUCGCGGCGGAGGGCCAGGAAGCUAUCGCGGCAACAAUCGCAACGAUCGCAGUCGUGAUGGCGGCGGUCGCAUGGGUGGUCGUGGUCCCCCAGCUAAACGCUCACAGUACCGUGUCAUGGUAACUGGUUUGCCAGGAUCAGGCUCGUGGCAGGACCUGAAGGAUCAUAUGCGUGAGGCCGGUGAUGUUUGCUUUGCCGAUACAUACAAAGACGGCUCUGGCGUUGUGGAAUUCUUACGCCACGAGGAUAUGAAAUAUGCCAUUAAGAAGUUGGACGAUUCACGUUUUCGUUCACAUGAGGGAGAGGUGGCCUACAUACGGGUACGUGAGGAUAGCGGAGACAAUGACCGUGGUGGCGGUGGUGGUGGUGGCGGYGGCAGUCGUGAAUAUCGCGAUAGAUCACGUUCGCGCUCGUUUUCAUCGAGACCUCGUCGUCGUGGUACUCCAACAUAUUCGCCGGUGCGUCGUCAAUCCUAUUCCAGGUCUCGCUCACGCUCUAAUUACUAAAUUCUGCAAUCAUUAUCCAUUAAUAUUAAUAUUUCUUACGAGCAGGAAAUUUUAGGAAAAGCAAGAAAACUAUCAAGACCUCCCAUAUCCCACUAACUAUCUAUCUGUUUAGUUAAAUUCUGUUGAACUGUGAAUCGAUCAAG